AUGACAAGUGAAUUGGCUAGUUCAGAUGAAUUAAACAAGGUUUGGACUCAAAGCUGUGAAGAUAAAACAACUUUUUCUGUCAUUUGUUCUCUUGUUCAAGGCUUAUUUUGUAUAAUAAAUGUAAUUUUUGGAUAUUUUAUAUUGAUUCGUCAUUUUAACCGGCUUCUUGAAAAUAAAAGUAUUUUAAAAAUUUUACUUUUUACAAUUUUCGGUGAAAUGAUUACUUCUUUAAUGUCUGCAAUGUGCAUGAUCUUGGUACGAUUAAUUUUUGGAAUCAGAUCUUCAACAUAUUUUUUAUCAGUUAUAAGCUUGCUAAGUACACUUUUCCAGUCUUUAUUCUAUUAUUCUUGCUUUGCAAUUAGUACUACGGUACUUUACGUAUGGUAUUUUAAAGUCAAUGUACAUCCGAGUGAUUUUCUUUAUAGUUUUGUAAUUAAUAAAAACAUUACUUUGGAUCUUACUCGUGAUUUAUUGAUUUAUUUUUUUAUAGAAGCUUUUAUUUCUUUUAUUGAAGUUAUAUACAGUAUUCCGGUUCUAGUUAGCAUUAUAGAUUAUGGCUUAUCUAAAGAGAUUGACAAAAUAAAGGGAAAACCUAUAGUAGAAUUCUAUUCUGUUAACCAGCCUUUUACAUAUACAAAUUACCAAAAUUACGAAAAAGCAUUCGAAGACUUAAAUGCCCAUUUUUCUAAAUCUGAAAGUCACUAUGUACGGUUGUAG